CGGUAUGGGCGAUACGUCGCUGUUCUCGGAAGGCGGCAGCGCGCCGCUCCCGUCGGUUGAGGAGCAGCAGCAGCAGCAGCACCACCACCACCACCACCAUCAUCAUCAUUUCCCUGCUUCUGUGGCUGACGAGGGACAUCACUUCAAUGCUGCUGCUGCGUCGGCUCCUAGCUUGGAUCUGGAUCUGAGUUUGGCGGAGGAAGAGGCCGCGCGCGCUAUGAUGGAGGGGUUUGGGCCGAUGUAGAUGUCGCGGCGGAGGUGCGCUAAACGUGGUUGCUAUUUGUAUGAGGGAGAGUUAGGGACGCGGGUCUCGUGGAUAGCAGCGAGUGGCUUGGAAACGAAUGAGGCAGAGAGACGGGGCGUGGAAACUAGCUAAUACCUUUGCUUGCUUGCUUGCUUGCUUGCGGCGUAUUUUGCUCGGUGGACUGCUCCAGAGCUGCGUCUCUUUGCGCGUUGGAUGGCGAGGGCUUCUGCAUCGCUUCUCUUUGAGUUGAGCGGUGGCAAGGCCUUCUCUUUCUUCACGGAUGGGUACUGAAGGGAGUGCCUGCGGGUUUGCUAAUGGCUUGGGUCAAUGGUGUGUGUGGAGUGGU